AUGCUGUCUGCUUUUGUGCUGGUGAAUAUCAAUAUACCUCUUACAGCUGUCAAACUUGACCCUUCUCGUGAUGCAGCUGUUUCCUACUUUGAGAUAUAUUUGGACAAAAUAAGGGACCUACUUGAUGUGUCAAAGACAAACCUCGCUGUACAUGAAGAUAAAAACAGAGUCCCAUAUGUUAAGGGUUGUACAGAAAGAUUUGUAUCUAGUCCUGAAGAAGUUUUGGAUGUCAUUGAUGAAGGGAAAGCUAACCGCCACGUAGCCGUUACAAAUAUGAAUGAACACAGCUCUAGGAGCCACAGCAUCUUCCUCAUUAAUAUUAAACAAGAGAAUGUGGAAACUGAGAAGAAACUCAGUGGAAAGCUUUACCUGGUAGACCUGGCUGGGAGCGAGAAGGUCAGCAAAACGGGAGCGGAGGGCGCUGUUCUUGACGAAGCUAAAAAUAUCAAUAAGUCUUUGUCUGCUUUAGGCAAUGUGAUAUCCGCCUUGGCAGAAGGAACUAAAACCCAUGUUCCAUACCGAGACAGCAAAAUGACCCGAAUACUUCAGGAUUCCCUUGGUGGGAACUGCAGAACCACCAUUGUGAUAUGCUGUUCUCCUUCUGUGUUCAAUGAAGCAGAAACAAAGUCGACCCUGAUGUUUGGACAGCGAGCUAAGACGAUUAAGAACACGGUCUCUGUGAAUCUGGAGCUGACCGCGGAGGAGUGGAAAAAAAAGUACGAGAAGGAGAAAGACAAAAACAAGAGUCUAAAGAAUGUCAUCCAGCAUCUAGAGCUGGAACUGAACAGGUGGAGAAACGGAGAAGCUGUGCCUGAAGAUGAACAGAUCAGCGCGAAAGACCAGAAGAACCUGGAGCCUUGCGAUAACACCCCGAUUAUUGACAACAUCACACCGGUUGUUGCCAGCAUCUCGACGGAGGAGAAGCAGAAAUAUGACGAGGAGAUUGCCAGUCUCUACAGACAGCUGGAUGAUAAGGAUGAUGAAAUCAACCAGCAGAGCCAGUUGGCUGAAAAACUAAAGCAACAAAUGUUGGAUCAAGAGGAGCUUUUGGCCUCCACUAGGAGAGAUUAUGAGAAGAUUCAGGAGGAGCUGACCCGUCUUCAGAUUGAGAACGAAGCAGCGAAAGAUGAAGUGAAAGAGGUCCUUCAAGCCCUGGAAGAAUUAGCUGUCAAUUAUGACCAGAAAUCCCAAGAAGUGGAGGACAAAACAAGAGCCAACGAGCAGCUGGCUGACGAGCUGGCGCAGAAGAGUAGUGCCCUGACAGCGACCCAGAGGGAGCUGGGCCAGUUGCAGGAGCUCAGUAACCAUCAGAAGAAGAGAGCGACUGAAAUCUUGAACUUGCUGCUUAAGGACCUGGGCGAGAUUGGAGGAAUCAUUGGUACUAACGACGUUAAAACAUUAGCAGAUGUGAACGGGGUGAUUGAGGAGGAGUUCACCAUGGCACGGCUUUACAUCAGCAAGAUGAAGUCUGAGGUGAAGUCUCUGGUGAACCGCAGCAAGCAGUUGGAGAGCGCCCAGAUAGACUCCAACAGGAAGAUGAACGCCAGCGAGAGGGAGCUUGCAGCUUGCCAGCUCCUCAUUUCACAACACGAAGCAAAGAUCAAGUCCCUUACAGACUACAUGCAAAAUAUGGAGCAGAAGAGAAGGCAGCUGGAAGAGUCACAGGACUCUCUCAAUGAAGAACUUGCUAAGUUACGCGCUCAAGAGAAAAUGCACGAAGUCAGUUUCAAGGAUAAGGAGAAGGAGCAUCUGACCCGGCUUCAGGAUGCAGAGGAGAUGAAGAAGGCGCUGGAGCAGCAGAUGGAGAGUCACAGGGAAGCCCACCAGAAGCAGCUGUCCAGGCUGAGGGACGAAAUUGAAGAGAAGCAGAAAAUCAUCGAUGAAAUCAGAGACAUGAAUCAGAAGCUGCAACUGGAACAAGAAAAACUGAGUGCUGAUUAUGAUAAAUUAAAAAUUGAGGAUCAGGAAAGAGAGAUGAAACUAGAAAAGCUCAUACUGCUUAAUGAUAAAAGGGAACAAGCAAGAGAAGAUCUUAAGGGGCUGGAGGAAACAGUGGCAAGAGAACUUCAGACUCUUCACAACCUGCGCAAACUGUUUGUCCAAGAUCUCACCACCCGCGUUAAAAAAAGCGUUGAACUUGACAGCGACGACGGAGGUGGAAGUGCUGCGCAGAAGCAGAAAAUUUCCUUUCUUGAGAACAACCUGGAACAGCUUACAAAGGUUCACAAACAGUUGGUACGUGAUAAUGCAGAUCUUCGUUGUGAGCUUCCUAAGCUGGAAAAACGACUUAGAGCUACGGCAGAGAGAGUUAAGGCCCUGGAGAGCGCACUGAAGGAGGCCAAGGAGAACGCCAUGAGAGACCGCAAACGGUACCAGCAGGAGGUGGAUCGCAUUAAGGAGGCUGUGAGAGCCAAAAACAUGGCACGGAGAGCACACUCUGCUCAAAUUGCCAAGCCCAUCCGCCCUGGUCAUUACCCAGCGUCUUCUCCAACGGCUGUCCAUGCCAUCCGAGGGGGAGGGAUGUCAAACUCCAGCUACUAUCACAGCACCAAAUAGACGAGAAGUAAGACCAAAGUAACUUACUCAUCUGUUCUUUCACUGAUUACCCAGUUUUUCUUCUAUCUCAGUCUUGCUUUAGAAGACCCACACUAUUUUUUCUCUAGUUUUAGUAGGAGUCGUUUGCUGACAAUUUAACUGCGAAAGUUAGUAAUGUAAGUGAGGAGUGCCUUGUUAGAAUGCUUUGCAAGCUCCUGCUGAGGGUUGUUAUUUUAAUGACUUAUCACUUAAAACUUUUUUAGUAAACUAAAGUGCUCUGGUAAAUCUGUACUGAAAUUCGCACACAGAGGUGUAAAACUCAUGUCGUAAAAAUAGAGUUCCA